GCCCCAUGGACCUAUUCAAGGAUACCCCCCAGACAGACUUGUCUUCAAACUAAUUGUAGCUUAAGAACUACAAGUCCCAUGUAGCUCCGAGCCAACCAGCGAUCCCGAAUUGGACGAACACCAGUAAAGACGUCUGCGAUUGGUGAAAGAGGAGCCAUGUUUCAGCAUACGGUAUCCGCUGUGUUGAUGUGGUCGUAGGGGCUAGCCGGGUAGUUGAUGGGUUAUUAUUAAUCAAAUAAUCCCCGUUGAAAUUCCGAAAACGAUUAACAUUUAGACCGGCAAUCUAUACCGUUAUGCCGGUUCAUGCCCGGGAGAAGAAGGAGAGUAAUCACGAGGAAAUGGAGGUGGAUUUCCCCGAACAAGACGGCAGCAGCACAGACGAAGAGGACACGGUUAGCUCGUCCGUGUCUGAAGAUGGAGACACUUCGGAGAUGGACGACGAGGACUGCGAGAGGAGAAGGAUGGAGUGUCUGGAUGAGAUGACCACUCUGGAGAAACAGUUCACCGACCUCAAAGAACAGUUGUACAAGGAGCGUCUGAGCCAGGUGGACAUCAAGCUUCAGGAGGUGAUGGCCGGCUGUGCCCAAGAAUACCUGGAGCCUCUUGCCAACCUACAGGAGAACAUGCAAAUCCGCACCAAAGUGGCCGGGAUCUACAGGGAGCUGUGCUUGGAGUCUGUGAAGAACAAGUACGAGUGUGAGAUCCAGGCGGCGUUUCAGCAUUGGGAGAGCGAGAAGCUGCUCCUUCUGGACACGGUCCAGAGUGAGCUGGAGGAGAAGAUCCGCCGGCUGGAGGAGGACCGACACAGCAUCGACAUCACCUCAGAGCUGUGGAACGAUGGUUUGCAAUCCCGCAAGAACAAGAAGAAAGACCCCUUCUACCCUGUGAAGAAGAAGAAACCUGUCGUCGUGUCUGGUCCAUAUAUUGUUUACAUGCUGCAAGAUCUGGACAUCCUAGAAGACUGGACAGCCAUAAGAAAGGCGAUGGCGUCCCUAGCCCCACAUCGUGUCAAGGUUGACGGCUCCGCCUCUCCGGUGGUCGCCACGGCGAAGGCGGAGCGGCCCCACCACGUGGCCCGCUCCGAGGACGGCCGCCUCUUCUACGACAGCCAAUGGUACUGCAGAGGACAGUCCAUCUGCAUCCACCGCAAGGACGAGCACCCCGCCAGCGCUGUCAUCACCACCAUCCACCACGACGAGGUGUGGUUCAAGCGGCUGGACGGCACCAAGUCUAAGAUCUUCAUCUCCCAGCUGCAGAAAGGCAAAUACACCAUCAAGCACUCCUAGAGCCAGACUGACCCCACCUCUCCCAGCACGGAGGUCGAAAUCAAACGCACAUACAGAUACACACAUAGCGCUACCGACACCAACCUGCCCCUUCCUAACCCUCUCCUCACCGUGAGCAAGGAAACUGAUCUUCUGUCUUGUGUGCUGUAAAUAUGUACGUAUGUGAAUAAUAAUAGUCAUAGUAUUAACCGUCCCUGAUGCGGUCACAAAGUGGCGUAAAGAAGGCGCUGCUGCGAAGCGUAAAGUGCUGCUAUCGUAGAAGACAAAAGAUUGCGUUUGACAAAAAUGCGGGGGGGAAAAACGAGCCGACUGGCGUGUUUGUGAAAGUGCGGGGACAGAUUCGGGGACAGUGCCUUCUUUGAGGCGAAGAUGGCGGCUCGAUCCGUGGAAGAAAGGAAAAACACUUUAACUAAACUAUCAACCCAGCCAGGCCUUAGGUUGUACUGUUGUGUGUUCUUGAAGAGUUGAUAAAACGGGUAGUUGAGCAAAUGAAAAGAGUGUGUGAGUGAGGAAAACCUACUGUUGCGCAGUGAUGCCAUUUGUGUGAGACUACCCGAUUGUAGCUCUCUAAUCCAAUCCUCCUUCUUCUUCCCCUUCCUAUCCAGCCCCCACCCAUAUUACAUACCUUCAUCAUGCACAUGCUAAAGGGGCUGAUCUGUGUUAAAAGUCGAUGUAAAUGUGUUUAAAUAACAGAGACUAGAACGCCACAAAUGAACUGUCAUUAGUAUGAUGACAUGAAACGGGAAGAAAAACCAAGACCGUUCUGACGCUAGAAACUUUCUUUACUAUAUACUCUAUUCUCUCCCUUUGCUUAUUUUUAAUGAACCUUAGCAGCUAAAGGUUGGCUGUUUCUCUCUUUCUGUGGUAUUCAUGUUCUGCCAAACCCUUACUCAACCUCAGUGCGGUCAUAGGAAAAUACCAUGGCUGUCUAUUUUUUUUGUCUACACUAACCAUUUCCAGAACUUUUUGUUGCUUUGUGUAGUUUACCGCGGCAGUCAUCCGCCGCUCCGUUCCUGUUCUGGGAAUAGACAGAAGCGCUUUAGUCCUUAAAAUCUUGCUGGAACAAACAGACAUUUUGUUGUACCGGGAGCAGAACCAGGAAGCUCUUGCAUGGGCCUCCGUGUUCGUCUCAACCAAUGAGGUUCCUUCUGUGAGCCUCGUCACAACUUUUCAACCAAUGGGCGACCCCACAGCAGACCUCGCAGUGUACCUGUACACUACCUGUAAUCAACACGGACUGGUCCAUGGCACUUGUGAAUUACGGGGUACAAGGAGAGAAGGGAAAUCAAGCGGGAGCUGUAUGCGGUCGGCCCCGAAUGGAUCCUAAAUUGGAUCUACGUUUUGCUUUUUGUUGUGGAGGGGAAUGAGCUGUUAGUGCAUGUGUAAAUAGAAACGUGUGUGGUGUGAUGAAGCGGAUGAUGGUUUUGAUAUUGUUUGUUUUUAAGGAGUUCUCUGGUUUACCUGCAGACAGUGCAUAGGUGCGGCUCAAAGUAUUACCCCUUCUACGUGUAUUAAAGAAUAUAAGAUGCUUGGGACUUCAUGUCCUGAACUCGAAGGUGUCAAAGGUCAGAGAUGCGAGAGUGAGUGUCGACCUAACCUCAGCAGUAAAGUCAAAUUUUUAUUGAAUGUUUUUUAGCAAGGAUUUUAUCUUUACUUUGCAUUUGUCAAAAGAUCAAUACAUAUUUUUCUGUUUGUGUUUCAGUUUUGCUGUGGAUUUUCCCAAUGAGAUUGGGAAAUACAUGUUUCAUUGUGCCAAUGCAUGGACGAAUAAUAAAAGCUUCAUAUUUGUCAUAUGAAGCCUUACUUUAAAA